GACGUGUGCGUGUUGCGUGCUUGGCGCAGUGGGGGCGGGACUAUAUGAGAAGCUGGUAGGUUAAACACAACAAUCCGAGAGUCUCUUACUGCUGAAUUAACCUAAUUUACUUCUCCACAAACACAGGUUUACGAUGUCAGCCUUUCAAUCAGCUUCAUCUAAAAGUUUUACCUCAACCCCACUCAAGAGCAAAUCUACCGUCCCAAAGAGUAUCCCCAGAAGCAAGAGUGUGGAAUCAACCGGCGACUCAACCUACUCUCUCCUUUCACCUAUUUACCAUGACAGUUUUGAAUUUUCAGAUGAAGAACAUGAAGAGGCACCGAAAUGCACUCAGCCAGCUGACAACUCUUUUCACACAUUGAAUGAAACCACAUUAUCAGUCAGUCCUAAUAGAAAUGAGUCUGAGUCACUUCUGGCAAUGAACACGCCUGGAAAGUUAAAUUUGAGUGCAUGGGAGCAGUGGAUUGUGAGUAAGGCGCAAGAAGAGAGAAGCAAAAUGCAACAGAAAGCUUUAGAGCAACAAGCUUUAGAAGAAAAGAAAGCGCAAGAAGAAAAAGAUAAACAGAGAAAAAAGGCAGUCAAUGAGUCUAAAAUUCAGGAGUGGCUCCAAAUGAAGAAUACUCAGGAAAAUGAAGAUAAGCUUUGUAAGGAGUCCCAGAAAACAAAAGAAAUGCUACAUGAGGAAAAGAAACGGUUAGAGAUCGAAAGAAAAGCCCAAGAAAAAUACAAAGAGUGGCUUCAGAAGAAAAGAAUUGAGGAAACCGAGAGGAAGCUUAAAGAGCAAGAGGAAAGAUCCAGAAGAGAAAGGGAGGAAAGAGAGCGGAAAGAGAUGGCAGAGGAGAAGUUUAAAGAGUGGCUUAAGAGCAUUAAGCACAAAGACAGACAUAAACAUCAGCCAUCAGCAGGUUCAGCCGGUGGUUAUGAUCAUCUGAACUACCCAUCCCCCAGUUUUGUGAACCCAAUCCCAUGGAAGCCCAUUCAUGUCCCCCAGCAAAACACAACACCCAGAAAGAACCCAGCACGCAGAAAACAGCCAGGUCUACCAAAAUAUCAGUCGACUCCAUGCCUUAGUUACAAACCCAAAGACACCAUUAGUUUUGCGUGCAAGAGGCGGUGACAUUUUAUGUUGCACUGUUUAACCGGAUCAACUGGGAGAGGUAUUCAUCAUUUUAAAGACUGGACCAGUGGAGAAAUUAUUGUUUAUGUGGAGUUAUGAAAUGGUGUAAAGUAACUCCUCAGACUUUCCAUAAAGUCAGACAGUUUUCAUUUUGUAUGAUUAAUAGAUAUGGUGCGUACAUACUGAAAUGUUAUUCUAUUGCAGGCAGCUAAAAUGAAUGUGUUUUUAUAACCAUGUGUUUUUUAACAGAAUAAGGAAAAGGCUUGAUUUGGCUGUGUGUAAAACUUUUUAUAAAAAAAGUUUUAUGUUUCAUCCUCCAAAUAAAACAGUUUGUUUGGAUACUU